AUGGAUCCUGGAGCAAAUGCCGAUGCUCAGGAUGGUAGCAAGUACAUCUCAAAGUUCUUCCCUCCCAACUCUGCUAUCUUCAGCCUGGUCAAUCAAGCCAACCAAGAGCCCCUAUUCCAUUUGGUUCGCCAGACCAUCUUGCAUCACAUGCGCAGUGGCCACUCCUUAAUUGAGUUGUGGAAGGAAGCCUUCGACGCCGGGUAUGCCGAAACCGAGACAGGACCGUAUUCGCUGUAUUUGACAGCCGUGAGAAAGACGCUUGGCCGCAUGUUUAAUUUGGACUUCAAUAAGCCGACCAAGGCCAGUGAGCAGCUUGAAUUUGGUCCUCCAAAGGCUCUUGCUGAAGGACUUCUUCCCACCGGCCCCGGAACCGAAGCUGUCGUUAAGACGGAGUCCCCAAGCCCAGCCAAUCCUGUUAGGACUGGAUUAAGCCCUCUCGCCCCCAGCUUUUUGCCAGGGAAGCCCGUUGCUGACAAGCCUGCUAGAAAGCUUGUCAAAAAGGAAGAAGACAGCCAUCCUAAGAAGACCGUUAACCCUCGAUUGGCAAGCUUUGAGAAGCGCUGCAAGAAGCUCGGAGUGCGAAUUUCAUCGGCAAAGGAGUAG